ACAAGUACAAAAGAAUUUUGUACUCAUCAGAGGAUUCGGACGAAUCACGUGUCAUCGACUUCACCGCAGCCUUUCCCUGGGGGCCGCGACACUCUCAGGGAAGCAUUCAGUAGACUAGGUACCCCAGAGAUAGCACUCGAUUUAAUGCUGGCAUCCAUUUCGGACAAUACGAUGAAGCAAUAUUCAGUCACCUAUAAAUUGUGGUGGUCGUUUUGCUUAGAAAACUCUAUAAAGACUUUUGACGCUCCAUUAUCGGCAGUAAUAACGUUUCUUGUUAACCUUUUCAACAAGGGUGCUUCCUAUGGUACCCUUAACAGUCAUCGAUCUGCCCUUUCGUUACUUCUAGGAAAUAAUAUCGGGUCAGACGAACGCGUAAAACGAUUAUUAAAAGCUUUUUAUAGACAAAAACCAUCCCAUCCGAAAUACACCACGACAUGGGAUCCAAAAACCGUACUCGACCAUGUUUCUACAUGGUACCCGAAUAGCGAUCUAGGUUUGUUCGAAAUUACUAAAAAAUUAGCUAUUUUGUUAGCUUUGUGUACUUCUCACCGAGUACAAACAUUAUCUUUAAUUAAGAUCACCAACAUUAACAAGACCGUCUCAGGUAUAAAAAUCUUAAUACCCGACAUUAUAAAGACCUCGGCAGCUAACCGUGAGCAGCCCGUGCUUUUUUUACCCUAUUUCGUUAACAACCCAAGCAUAUGCCCGGCAAAUACCCUAGAAGAUUAUCUUCAGGCAACAUCAAAGUUACGACCAGAGGGUACUACUAAUUUGUUCUUAAGCUAUAAGAAACCUUUUAAGAUGGUAACCUCGCAAACAAUAAGUAGGUGGAUAAAACAGACUCUGGCGGAGAGCGGCGUUGAUAUCUCAAUAUUUAGUGCACAUAGCACUCGUCACGCCUCCACCUCGGCGGCGGCCUCCGCAGGAGUCUGCAUUGACACCAUAAGAAAGACAGCCGGCUGGACUAGCUCGUCCUCGAUGUUUGCUCAGUUUUAUAACCGUCCAGUAACAGACGAAGGAGCAUUUGCUCGAUCUGUUUGUGGAGUUAACAAUAAUGAUUAAUUUAUCUAUGAUUAAAUAGGUAUAGCCAAUUAGAAAUAACUUAUUAUAGAAAUUAGCUGAUUGUUACUAUUGUGUGUUAAUUAAGAAACAUAGCAUUACUCUUAAUUUACGUUACUAAAUAUUAAAAGUUUUUUCAAUCAUGUAUCUGAAUGUUUUUUACUGAUGUUAAAAAAUAACUUAUCAUUUCUCUGAACAUCUACCUUGUUAAUUGUAUCUGAAAGAUGAAGCGACGAACAUAUAAUAUAAGAUCAAAUGAACUUUGUGAAGUUCGAUCAUUAUUAUAUGAGUCGCUUCAUCUGAAGAUACAAGUUCCCACCCACCCACAACCAAGGAGAAAAAACUUUUUUAUGUAAUAUCUCUAAAAAGAAUGAGGUAGCGACCCGUCCGCGCGGUGGGGAUGGACGGGGGGAAAAAAAAAAAAAAAAAAAGAAUGGAUAGAUCGAUUACAAAUCGAUGCUCUAAACGUGCGAAUGAUGCCUGUAGGCUAAAAGGACUACCUUGUUAAUUGUAUCUUCAGAUGAAGCGACUCAUAUAAUAAUGAUCGAACUUCACAAAGUUCAUUUGAUCUUAUAUA